AUGUCGACCUUCGGAGAGUACUUUCGGGUCACCACCUACGGCGAGUCGCACUGCCGCUCCGUGGGAUGCAUUGUCGACGGCUGCCCGCCGGGCAUGGAGCUCACCGAGGAAGACAUUCAGCCCCAGAUGACCCGCCGGCGCCCGGGCCAAAGCGCCAUCACAACGCCGCGCAACGAGAAAGACCGCGUGCUGAUCCAGAGCGGAACCGAGUUCGGCGUCACCCUGGGGACACCAAUUGGCAUGAUGGUCAUGAACGAGGACCAGCGGCCGAAGGACUAUGGCAACAAGACGAUGGACAUGUAUCCCAGACCCAGCCACGCCGACUGGACCUACCUCGAGAAAUACGGCGUUAAGGCGAGCAGCGGCGGAGGGAGGAGUAGCGCGCGCGAGACCAUUGGCCGCGUCGCCGCCGGCGCCAUCGCCGAGAAGUACCUGAAGCUGGCAUACGGCAUUGAGAUCGUCGCCUUCACCAGCUCCGUCGGCAACGUCCAUCUGUUCCCGCCAACGGCCGAACACCCCAGCCCGAGCACGAACCCCGCGUUCCUCUCGCUCCUCCAAACUAUCGACCGCAAGACAGUCGACAACCACCUCCCCGUUCGCUGCCCCGACGAGGCCAUGACGAAGAAAAUGGAAGAGUACAUUGCUGAGUUCCGGGACCGCGACGACAGCAUAGGCGGGACUGUCACCUGCGUCAUUCGCAACGCCCCGAGUGGCCUCGGAGAGCCCUGCUUCGACAAACUCGAGGCCAAGCUGGCCCACGCGAUGCUUAGCAUCCCGGCGACCAAGGGCUUCGAGAUAGGAUCUGGUUUCGGCGGCUGCGAGGUUCCAGGCUCAACCCACAACGACCCCUUCAUCUCGGCGGCCGACGUCGAGCUCCCCUCCGGCGUGGCUGAGAGCGGUGCCGCUAAGUUCGGUCUUCCUCGACCCAAGCUGACGACCAAGACCAACUACUCUGGCGGGAUUCAAGGGGGCAUCUCCAACGGCGCCCCUAUUUACUUCAGGGUCGCCUUCAAGCCGGCCGCCACCAUCGGCCAGGAGCAGCGGACUGCGACGUAUGACGGCGCGUCGGAGGGGAUCCUGGCCGCCAAGGGACGGCACGACCCGUGCGUGGUUCCGCGGGCGGUGCCCAUCGUCGAGGCCAUGGCUGCGCUUGUCCUGAUGGACGCGGUGCUGGCGCAGCAGGCAAGACACACCGCAAAGAGCCUGCUGCCGCCAUUGAAGCAGACAGUUAACUCGGGUAAACCCGCGGGGAAUGGGGUUACGGAGACCGAGGCAAAAUAG